CUGGAAGUUGUCCCGGGUGUUCGCCGCUGGAGCUCCGGGUCGAGAGGACGGGGUGUAGCUGCUGGGAGGAUCCUCCACUGUCGCCGGCUCCCGGAGCCCAGCCCUUUCCUAACCCAGUCCAACCCUACCCAUUCCCAGCAGCCAACGCCUGUCCCUGCCGCGGAUCCCAGCGUUAUCAUGAAUCCUGUCGUCUUCCUAUCCUUACGCGACCUGAGAUGCUCCCUGCUGCUCCUGGUAACUUGGGUUUUUACUCCUGUAACAACUGAAAUAACAAGUCUUGAUACAGAGAAUAUAGAUGACAUUUUAAACAAUGCUGAUGUUGCUUUAGUAAAUUUUUAUGCUGACUGGUGUCGUUUCAGCCAGAUGUUGCAUCCAAUUUUUGAGGAAGCUUCCAAUGUUAUUAAGGAAGAAUAUCCAAAUGCAAAUCAAGUAGUGUUUGCCAGAGUUGAUUGUGAUCAGCACUCUGACAUAGCCCAGCGAUAUAGGAUAAGCAAAUACCCUACCCUCAAAUUAUUUCGUAAUGGGAUGAUGAUGAAAAGAGAAUACAGAGGUCAGCGAUCGGUGAAAGCACUUGCAGACUACAUCAGGCAACAAAAAAGUGACCCUAUUCAAGAACUUCAUGAUUUAGCAGAAAUCUCCACUCUUGAUCGCAGCAAAAGAAAUAUCAUUGGAUAUUUUGAGCAAAAGGAUUCAGACCACUAUAGAGUUUUUGAAAGAGUAGCAAGUAUUUUGCACGACGAUUGUGCCUUCUUUGCUGCUUUUGGGGCUGUUUCAAAACCAGAAAGAUAUAGUGGAGACAGCAUAAUCUAUAAACCACCAGGGCAUUCUGCUCCAGAUAUGGUAUACUUGGGAUCUAUGACAAAUUUUGAUGGAACGUACAAUUGGAUUCAAGAUAAAUGUGUCCCUCUUGUCCGAGAAAUAACAUUUGAAAAUGGAGAGGAAUUGACAGAAGAAGGACUGCCUUUUCUAAUACUCUUCCAUAUGAAAGAAGAUACAGAAAGUUUAGAAAUAUUCCAGAAUGAAGUAGCCCGACAAUUAAUAAGUGAAAAAGGUACAAUAAACUUUUUACAUGCCGACUGUGACAAAUUCAGACACCCCCUUCUGCACAUACAGAAAACACCCGCAGACUGCCCCGUGAUAGCCAUCGACAGCUUUAGGCAUAUGUACGUGUUUGGAGACUUCAAGGAUGUAUUAGUUCCUGGGAAGCUCAAGCAGUUCGUGUCUGACUUACACUCGGGGAAGCUGCACAGAGAGUUCCACCACGGCCCCGACCCAACCGACACCGCCCCAGGACAGGAAGUCCAAGAUGUAGCAAGUAGUCCCCCUGAGAGCUCCUUCCAGAAACUGGCACCCAGCGAAUAUAGGUACACUCUACUGAGAGAUCGAGAUGAGCUUUAAAAACUUGAAAAACAAUUUGAAAGCCUUUCCGACAGCAGCAUCAACUUACAUGGUGGAAAUAGUAAACCUAUAUUUUCAUAACUCUAUGUGUAUUUUUAUUUUGAAUAAACUGAAAGAAGUUUUGGGUUUUUAAUUUUUUUUCUCCCCCGACUCAGAAUGCAUUGUCAGUUCAAAUAGUCUCUUUUUAAAAAUCUUUUAGGGUUAAAAAACAAAAAUCAGAGGCCUAUCUGCUUUAAAUCUGUCCUGUAAAAGUUUUGGAAAUCAAGCGAAAGGAGGCAUUGCCAGAAACAUACCAUUAACGUGCACAGCCAGGUUGGGGAGGACGUAGGGACGUUCUCUGUGUACGAUGUGCUUUUCUUUUCUCCUUACAUACGAUCAGUUCUGUUGGUGUUUUCCUUAUCACAUUUCUCAAAGCUAAGGGGGUACCUAUUCUGGAUUCUUGGGAGGGGAAUAAAUUAAAAUGUUCACCCUGCGUACUGUGUUUUACUGAUUGGUUGGAUAUUGCUAAUGAAAACUCCAUAAGGGUGUGUUUUAGAUCCUUCAUGUGCAACCUGAAUGGACUGUGAAGAGAAGGAGAGCCACAAACCAGGAUGUUUGGCAGGAAUUCUUAUGAAUUAAGAAAUUGAAAGGUGUUGCUGAAUUUGUGUUUGUCUAACAAAGUGGCAUAUGGAUGGUAUUUAAAACUCUGAAUUAUACCUAAAUCUUGGAAAGGAAAAUGCUAGUGGAGCAGGUUACCAGGAUUGAACUAUGUGACUUCUAAGGCUCCUCCUAUCGUGACACGUUUUCCAAGGAGAAGAACCAGCAGACAAAUUGUAACUCAGCAAUUCUGACCUCCUUCCAUCUUGCAGUCAGUAUAGCUAUGUAGAUCAGAGACAGUGGGCACAGACUUUGUUUUCAUUGUGAAUUGUCAGAGGACCCCACGCCCUCUCCAUUCUCCGAUGUCCCGGGCCCACGGUGUACAGCCCGUGGGCCCCUGGGCCAGGCCUCAGUACUGCCAGGGAACAAACCCAGAGGGAGAGGACCCUCAGUUUCAUAUCAGGAAGCCCCGUGCCAGAGGACGGACAGGCUCAAAACCGGCUUUCCUCUGGGCCUGGGUCGGUGCUAUAGGCCAAGAGUCGUUUUAUAUUUGGAAUUUAAGUCAAUCCCAGUUUGGGGAGAGAUUAUUUUUAAGCUUAAGAGGCUGACAUGUGCCAUUAUAUGUAGUAUGUAAUAUAUGUUAACAUCUUUCGAUUCUUUCAAAAUAAAGUGAAUAUUUAUAAUGGAUAUUUAAUGAUUGUUAUUUUUAAAAAUCAGCCUAGAAAUCUUAGUUAUGCAUGACUUACCCAUCACUUCAUUCAGAAUAAUAAGUGUUAUUAAUAAGGUGAUAAGGGCAUGUUUAGUAUCUUUUACCAGAUUAACCAGAAAAGCAGGACAGAGUUUCCUAAAGGUUGGACCUUCGUUGCUUUUCAUGAGUAACUUUGAAAUCAGAGAUGUAGCCUUCAGCUGAGAGGGUGAGCCAAAUCUGUGGUGGUUGGAAUGAAAAUUCACAAGCGCUCACCAAGCUAGCAUACACAGCCGUAAGUAGCACGUGCAAUUAAUUAACUUGCGUUUUUGUAAUGCUAUAAGUGUCUUUUAAACAUAACAAGACAGCCCUCAGGUGUUGGGUUGCAGAGCGCCGGCCGGCACGAGAGUAAACAGGAGAAGGGCCUCGAGGAGCACGAGUUGCCUGUUGCCCGCUGACGGAGUGGCCGUUCAGAGAGGGAGUGGACCUGAAGCUGCGUUAGGUAGCAGCACACCUGCAUAUCAGGACUUCGUGCCACGACCACAGUCUCCUCUAGACUGGAGCCGCCAAGGACACUGAAUUUUGUGUCCCUAUGUCCAGUACCUAGCACUUCUAGGCACUUGGUCACCAUCGCAGAGUUUACUGAAUGAAUGGGAUGCAGAAUGACCUUGGGUAACUUUUGUAUCCCUGGGGACUUGGCACCCAUCAGGAAUUUGUAACAAUUUUCUAAAAAUUCAUUUACAAACUUACGUGUAAAACAGCAAAAUGCAUUACAGAAAAUAAGUUCCCAUAGAGUGUGGUGGGUGGGGAGGAGGCCUGUCGCUAGGGAGAUGAGCGGAUUCUGAGGGUCUCGUAUGCUGAGCUAAAGGGUUUGCGCUGUGCCUUACAGGCAGUGGAGAGCCACCAACAGGUUUUAAACAGGGAACUGUGUUCGUAUUUCACUUUAAGAAUACUGUGGCAGUAGGUAUAGUAAGAUGAGCCCAGCAGAGAAGUAACGGCCAAAACUGAGAGACAGAGAUGGAGAGGAACAGAUACAAGAGAUGGAAAGAUACAGAUUUUAUAGGGAUUUGUCACCAGUCGGAUGUACAAAGAGCUUCCAGAAGUCUAGAACUCACAAUUUGGACUUCCCCUUUGAACCAUGAAUCUGGGAGUAUUGGCAGGUGGAAGUCCUUUUGUCAUCUGCCGCAGGCUCCUCACUGUGAAGAGAGGGAUGAAAGGCUAGACUGCAGGACCUGGUGGAGUGUAAAACCCAAAGCAGGAGCAGGCCCUUUGCUGGUUUUUCAGAACUCGUUCCAGUAGUAAGGGGAUCAUAAAAGGAUGCGAACAUUUUUUAGAUGGAAUUCCGAACAUUUGGAGAUUGGGCAUCUCUCUAAAGCAUCUCAGCUGUGUGAUGAAGUGGUCAAAAGUCAGAUGCGAACGAAGGGAAAGCGCAUGACAGGCCAUCAAGAGGAAAGUGAAAUAUAUAACUGCUUGAAAUGUUAAAGCUCAGCAUCAACUUACACUUGUAGAAAAUGCUCAAGUUGCCAAAAGGGCAU